GAAAGUCGACCUGAUUAUAAAGACUGGCAAAAGGAACAUCAAUCAGCUGGUGAGCCUUCAAUUAACCUAUGCAACACGAUGUUUUCCAGGAGGGUUAUUAUUUCUUUUUCAUCAUCUAUAAUUUGUAUAUUAUUUCAUGGUGUCGUUCUUCCAUAG